GACUCCUCCCAUACGGUGAGGCGGAAUCGCUUGACGUUGAACCAUUAGCCACCGCGGCAGCCCUUUCAUUUCCAGAUUUUGCAGAUCUCCAUUUUCUUCGGGACAAUUUUCAGGAAAAGAGGAGUAAAUACUAGGGAAAAUGAAUGAAGAAUACGAUGUAAUCGUGCUGGGGACCGGACUGACGGAAUGCAUCCUGUCGGGGAUCAUGUCUGUGAAAGGGAAGAAGGUCCUGCACAUGGACCGGAACUCGUACUACGGGGCAGAGAGUGCUUCCAUCACGCCCCUUGAGGAUCUGUAUAAGCGUUUCAAUAUCCCUGGUGCCCCACCAGAGUCUAUGGGAAAGGGCAGAGACUGGAAUGUGGAUCUCAUCCCCAAGUUCCUAAUGGCCAAUGGCCAGUUAGUUCGCAUGCUUCUGAUCACCCAGGUGACACGCUACUUGGACUUCAAGGUGAUCGAAGGCAGCUUCGUCUACAAGAAGGGCAGCAUCUACAAAGUGCCAUCCACGGAGACUGAGGCGCUGGCUUCUAGUCUCAUGGGUCUGUUUGAAAAGCGGCGCUUCAGGAAGUUCCUGGUUUUUGUGGCCAACUUUGAUGAGAACGAUCCCAAGACCAUGGAAGGAGUGGACCCCAGCAAGACGACGAUGAGGGACGUGUUUAAGAAGUUUGACCUGGGCCAGGACGUCAUCGACUUCACUGGACACUCCCUUGCCCUUUACCGGACAGAUGACUACCUGGACCUGCCUUGCCUGGACACGAUAAAUCGCAUCAAGUUGUACAGUGAGUCUCUGGCCAGAUACGGCAAGAGUCCAUACCUCUACCCCCUAUAUGGUCUGGGGGAGCUGCCUCAAGGUUUUGCAAGACUAAGUGCUAUCUAUGGGGGAACAUACAUGCUGAACAAGCCCAUUGAGGAGAUUGUCAUGGAGAAUGGAAAAGUGGUGGGAGUCAAGUCUGAGGGAGAAAUCGCCCGCUGCAAGCAACUGAUCUGCGAUCCCAGCUACCUGAUGGACCGGACCACCAAGGUGGGCCAGGUUAUUCGGGUCAUUUGUAUAAUGAGCCACCCCAUCAAGAACACCAGUGACGCCAAUUCCUGCCAGAUCAUCAUUCCCCAGAACCAGGUCAACAGGAAGCAUGAUAUCUACGUGUGCAUGAUCUCCUAUGCUCAUAAUGUGGCAGCCCAGGGGAAGUAUGUGGCCAUCGUGAGCACUACAGUGGAGACUGACAACCCUGAAAUGGAGGUCAAGCCAGCCAUGGAGCUCCUGGAGCCUGUGGAGCAGAAAUUUGUGAGCAUCAGCGACCAGUACGCACCAACUGACAUGGGUGCAGAAAGCCAGAUCUUCAUGUCCCGCACCUACGACGCUACCACCCACUUUGAGACCACUUGCGACGACAUCAAGGACAUCUACAAGCGGAUGACGGGGACAGAAUUUGACUUUGCCGAGAUGGAGCGCAAGAAGAACGACAUCUUCGGCGACGUGGCGGACCAGUAGAGAAACCAGCGAGUCAGCACACCCCCAAAUUAUAUCGACCACCAACAACAGAAAUCUUUCCAAAAAAAAUGAAAAACCAUAAAGAAAUGGGCUGGCUGAUGAUCCAAGUAUGUGUUUUGCCCAUUAUGGAGGAUCAUGAUAUAGGUAAUCUAGCAUUACUGGAAAAGUGGGCCAGAGUUAUGCUUUUUAUAAUCACAUUCAGACAGUUGUUGCACUGAACAUUUGUAUGUGUGCUUAUAUAUUCGCCCUACAGUGCGUAACCUACUGCUAUUCUUUCAUGGACAUGCAGGGUUCAGUCCAAAGAUUCCAAAACAUUUGAUUAAUCAAAAGAAAGGUAACAGUAGCAUUUUAACCAGGUCCAGUAGCAUAACCAUGCAAAGGCAUUUUGGGAUGGGAAUCAUGAAAUGUGAUCAGUUAAAAAAAAUUUGUCAGGUGUUUUUGUUGUUUGAGGUCGGUGAGUGGCUUGGCUUCUAUCGGUUAUAAUGAAGCAUUAUUCCUGAGUGAGCAUAACGAAACCAGUUUUCCCAGCAUAACUUAAUUUUAUUACCAACAACUACAUGAGGAAGAGAGGAAAGGUUUUUUGUGUUUCUGUGACCAGCUAAUCAUAAAUGUUAAUUGCGAUUGUGGGGCCUUGUUUCCUUGUAUUAGCCUCCUUGUCUGCAAGUGGCCCAUCUCCAGUCUCAAUUAGACAGACCUGGGCAAGGCAUCAUACUGUACUUAGGCCAAGCCACUGAAAGAGUGAACACAGUCCAGCAAAAAGGUAAACUACCUGGACCUGUUUGCCGAAACUUGAGUAACAUUUGUCAGCGGUGACCAUUCUUUACUAUUAAAAACAGAACCAAGCAGUCUAAAGUGGAUUGGUGGUAAAGUUGACUGGAAUUGUUUUAGAAGGACCAAAUGUCUACUAUGGCAGUAUUGAUGACUAGGGCCCUGUUAAAAAUUAAUUGAUGUAGAAAAAAAUAAAUCAUGGGGCUCAAAUGAUUUCUGUACUGCUAUGUGAUAAUGAACUUGUGAAAAACCAAA